AUGGGAAAAAUAAUAAGUAAUGAGAAUUUUUAUUUAAUUUUAAGGCUUUUUAUAAAAUUUGAAGAAGUUGAGCUAUUUCCAGAUACUCAUCAAAUAUAGUACAGCUAUCAGAUAUUGUAUUCUCAAGCAUUGUGAUUUUUUAAGGUUAAGAUGA